AUGGUCCAAGUUCUAUCAAAAUCCAGGCGCCGAGGGAGGCUGUUACGUCAGACUAAAGGGAAGAAGGCAUCGAAGGUGUCGGAUGGUCGUGCUUGGGGGUUUCGCAUUGGAGUUGUCUUCCUCUGUGUCGGCUUUUGCGUCUUGGUCUAUCACGUGGGUAUUUCGUUCGAAGCUGUCCAAAAUUUCAUGGGGGGAAAUCUGCAACAGACGUCAGAACUGAAUAUUACUCAAACAUCGGUGAGGAUAAGAGAACCAACAGCUGAAGAUUCGUCUAUCAACCAAGGACAGCUUCAUUCAACCAGCACAAAGAAAAACGUACAACAAUCAGAUAUCGUCGCUUCUGCGACGCAACAAGAAUUGACGAAUCCACACAAGAACGAGGCUAUUUCCAAGAUAGAUGCCAAUUCUCCCUACGAGUACAGGUUUGCUCCCCAGGAGCUUCAAAAGAUUGAUUCUCCUUGGCCUAAUUGGUCCAAGUGUGACCCUCAGUCAGCCUUUGAAACGGUUUGUCACCCUAGGCCAGCAACAUGUACAGCAAUCAUUGAUGGUGUCGUCAACAAUCAUGGAAUUGGAAAUGCAUUGUUAACAACCUACCUCAAAGAAGCCUCUGAAUCGUUGGAAAAACAACCAGAUUGUGCCCCAAUUAUCAAGGACAAACCAGUUGGGAAACAAGAUUUCAAGCCUGGUCAAUUUGGCUUCAAAUUAUUGGAUUAUGUCCAUGAGCCCACUGUGGUUGUCCAACCAAGCACCAAAUGGCGGGAUCAAAGUUCAAAAUGCAUCACAUAUGCCAUUACGCAACCAAGAGAGGCAGUGUCUGAAAAGGUUCGGAGUAUCAAAGAAAAGUACCAACAACAUCCUGAAACAUCCGGCAAGCAAUAUCCUCUUGUAGCCAUUCAACUACGGACUGGCUGGAGUGAUGAAAUGCGAAUCAAUCAGCCUGGUUGGGAUGCUUUGGGAACCUGCCAAGAUUUUCUAGAGCAAUUUCCAAUAGAGAUGUCUCAUCAUGCUGUGAGUGAUGUGGCCUUGCAGGACAUGCUAUUGGAUUCCGCGGCAGCAGCUGAUCGUAUUUUUGGAGGGACUCAGAAAUGGAGAUUGUAUGUUGCCAGUGAUGCCCCAGGGAUUCGAAAGUAUGUGCAACAUCUCCUUCAAUCGCGGGUGGUGGGUCCUGUUGUUUGGCAUGAGGGGCACAUUGGGCACAAUUAUGCAGGAGCAAGGGCAGCAGACUACAAUCAAAAGGUAGAGACAUCAGUCAGUGCCUUUACUGACUUGGUGAUCAUGAGCGAAGCUGACAUGCUCGUCUCCCUCAGUUCCAAGUAUCCUGCAGCUGCCAACCUGCGAGCUGGGGGUUGCCCCCAGCGAUAUACUCAGUUUCGAGGACAUCCUAGACAUGAAUUGGCUGAUUUAGGAAAUGUCCUGCACGAUGCAUAUCGCAAGGAUCCCAACAGACCCCGCAACAUUCACGAACAACAGUCUCCCGAAAACCGGUGGAGUCCAUCUCUUGAUGAUGAGUCCAAGCAAAAGUUCUUUGAGAAGAUUCCCGGUGGAAUGGACAAUCCCUGUACAAAGGCUGCAGAUCCAAUCCGGGCUUGUUUCUGCCUGAUCAAGUUGAGCCACAAAUAG